CCUUUCCCUGUUCAGACAACAAUGUCACCAGACAUCCCCACGGAAGUCAACACCAGGCUCUCUACCUCCCCUGUCAUGGCAGAAUCUGAACCUAUAACCAUGGCCACUGAAACCGUUCCCCCAGGGGCUACAUCCCAGGACACAGUAGCCUGGGACACAACAGCCACAACAUUAGGGGCACUGACACACUUGGCUGUGACUCAGGGUUUUCCACAUUCAGUGGUGACCUCUAGUGUGGACAGAGAUUAUGAGGGUGAGUCACCCACCAGCCCUUCCUCUGAGCAGGACAUCAGCUCUCCAUCUUCCCUGGUGCCUUUACAUGCUAUGACCUCAGCCUCUGCAGUGUCCCCCACACUGUCAGCCAGUAGGCCUUCUCCUCUUGCUCCUGUUACCUCACCACCUCUCACCACUGGCCUGCCAACAAUCCACAGCACAUGGGGCACGAGCACAGAAGGUGUGAUCAGUUCGCCCUCAGUUCUGACCAGCACGUUAGUGGACACUUGGGCCACACCUGAAGCCUCUACCCCUACAGAGGCCAUUCACCCUCCUGAAUAUACAGCAGUCACCCAUGCGGCAACCCUCCGUUCUGCCCAGGAAUCCCACUCCUCGUCCCCAGCCUCAUCAGAACCAGCCACAGGAACAUCUCCAAUCGAGACCUCCUCCAUCAGUCAGGACACCACGGCUUCCACACCAAUGCCUGGCCUCUUGGGAACCACAGAGAAGGAAACAGUGUCAUCGUCAUCCCUGGCCCCGGAACUGUGGGAAUUGGACUCCUUUCGGCACACCAGCUCAGCCACGGAGGAAAUCACCGUCCCCCCUGAGGUGUCCACAGGUUCUAGUGCUGAGGCCUCCAGGACAGACGUCAUCUCCCACAGCAGGACAUCCAUCCCUGUCCCUUCUCAGCCCACAAUGUCCCCUGACAUCCCCAUGCGAAUCAACACCAGGCUCUCUACCUCCCUCAUUGAGGCAGAAUCUGCACAUAUAAUCAUGGCCACCAGAACAGUUCCCCCAGGAGCUACCUCCCAGGGCACACUAGCCUGGUCCACAUCAGCCUCAGCCGGGCGGUCUCAUAUACACUCAGCAAUAACUCAGGGUUCUCCACGCUCAGAGGUGACCACUAGCAUGGAAACAGUUUCUGAGAAUGAGUCACACACAAGCCCUUCCUCUGAGCAGGACAUCAGCUCUCCAUCUUCCCUGGUGCCUUUUCAUGCCAUGACCUCAACUUCUGCAGUGCCCCCCACGCUGCCAGCCACUGGUCCUUCUCUGGUUCCUGUCACCUCACCUCUCACCCCUGGCCUGAUGAGGACCCCCAGCACGUGGGGCAUGAGCUCAGAAGGGGUGACCAGUUCACCCUCAGGUCUGACCAGCAUCUCAGUGGUGGAGACUCGGGCCACGUCUGAAUACUCUACUGCUACAGAGGCCAUUUCCCAUGCCGAAAACACAGCGAUGACUCACACGGGAUCCCUCAGUUCCACAUGGGAAUCCCACUCCUCGGCCCCAAAUGGCUCAGAGCCAGCCACAGGAAUGUCUCCAGUCGAGACCUCCUCCCUCAGUGGGGAUACCCUGGCUUCCACACAAAGGCCUGGCCUCUCUGGAACCACGGAGACUGAGAUACAGUCAGCGUCGUCCCUGGCCCUGGAACCACGGGAAACCAGCACAUCCUGGCACAUCAGCUCAGCCACAGAGGAAAUCACCGUCCCUCCUGAGGUGUCCCCUGGUACUAGUCCUGAGGCCACCAGGACAGCCGUCAUGUCCCCCAGCAGGACAUCCAUCCCUGGCCCUGGUCAGGCCACAGUGUCACCAGACAUCCCUACAGAAAUCAAAACCAGGCUCUCUACCUCCCCUGUCAAGGCAGAAUCUGAACCUAUAACAAUGACCACUGAAACUGUCCCCCUGGGUGCUACAUCCCAGGGCACACUAGCCUGGGACACAUCAGCCACAGCAUCAGGGGCACAGACACACUUGGUUGUGACUCAGGGUUCUCCACGCUCAGAGAUGACCGCUAGCGUGGACACAGGUUCUGAGGAUGCGUCACCCACCAGCCCUUCCUCUGAGCAAGACAUCAGCUCUCCAUCUUCCUUGAUGCCUUUACCUGCCAUGUCCUCGAUUUCUGCAGUGUCUCCCACACUGCCAGCCACUAGCCCUUCUCCACCUGAUCAUGUCACCUCAUCUCUCACCCCUGACCUGCUGACGAUCCCCGGUACAUGGGACAUGAACUUGGAAGGUGUGACCAGUUCACCCUCAGGUCUAAGCAGCACAUUAGUGGACAUCCGGACCUCAUCUGAAGCCUCUUCCACUAUAGAGGCCAUUUACCUUCCUGAAAACACAGCAGUGACCCACGUGGGGACCCUCAGUUCUGUAGGGGAUUCCCACUCCUCUGCCCCAGCUGGCUCAGAGACAGCCACAGGCACGUCUCCAGUUGAGAUUUCUUCCCUCCGUGGGGAUGCCACAGCCUCCAUGCCGAUGCCUGGCUUCUCUGGAACCACACAGACUGUGACAUUGUCAGUGUCAUCUCUGGCCCUGGAACCAUGGGAAAGUGGCAUGUAUCCCCACACCAGCUCAGCUCCGGAGGAAAGCACUGUCCCUUCCAAGGUGUCCACUGGUAUUAGUCCUGAGGCCUCCAGGACAGCCGUCAUCUCCCCUAAGGGAACAUCCAUCCCUGUCCCUAUUUGGCCCACAAUUUCAAAAGACUUCACCUCAAGAAUCAACACCAAGCUCUCCACCUCCCCCGUCGUGGCAGAAGCUGCACCUAAAACCAUGGCUACUGAAACUGUUCCCCUGGAGGCUACAUCCCAGGGCACAUUUCCUUGGAACACAUCAGCCACAGCCUCAGGGGCUCAUAUGCACUCGGGUAUGACUCAGGAUUCUAUAGGAGCAGAGAUGACCACUAGUGCGGACAGAGGUUCUGAGGAUGAGUCACGUACCAGCCCAUUCUCUGAGCAGGACAUCAGCUCUCCAUUUCCCCUGGUGCCUUCCCAUGCCAUGACCUCAGCUUCUUCAGUGUCCAACACACUGCCAGCCAGUAGUCCUUUUCCUUCUGACUCUGUCACCUUACCUGUCACCACUGGCCUGCUGAGGUCCCACAGCACAUGGGGUAUGAGCUCAGAAAGUGUGACCAGUUCACCUUCAGGUCUGAGUCAGACCUCAGUGGAAAUACAGGACAUGUCUGAAGCCUCUACCACUGCCAAGUCCAUUCACCCUCCUGAAAACACAGCAGUGACCCACGUGGGGACCCUCAGUACUGCAUGGGAAGUCCACUCCUCAGCCCCAGCUGGCUCAACAACAGCCCCACACAUGUCUCCAAUUGAAACCUUCUCUGUUGAUGGAGACACCAUGGCUCCCACACCAAUGCCUGGCCUCUCUGGAACCGUGGAGACUGACACACAGUCAACGUCGCCUCUCGCCCUGGAAAUGAGGGAAACCAUCAUGUCCCAGCCCACCAGCUCAGCCCCAGAGGACAUCAGCAUCCCUUCUGAGGUCUUCACUGGGACCAGUGCUGAGGCCUCCAGGACAGACAUCAUGUCCCCCAGCAGGACAUCUGUGCCUGGCCCUGUUCUGCCCACAAUGUCACCAGACAUCCCUAUGGAAUUCAACACUGGGCUUUCUACCUCUUCCCCUAGUGUUGACAUUGGAAAAGUCACCAUCAUCACCAAGAAAGGGCCUGCCAGUGUAACCUCCUUCCCAGAACCCAAGCUUUCUGUGUCUGUAUCAGAAAGGACUCAUCACCUGAGCACAGUAAUGCUGUCUUCAGCUGAGACCCUUUCAGCUGACACAUUGGCACCUUCUCCGUCAGCAGCUACAUCUGGAGUCCCAGGUGCCAGCUCAGCCGCCUUCUCAGCCAGUCCAUUAUUUUGGACGCAACCAGGCCCUAAAGAUGCUCUGUCCACUGUGGCAGACAGUCUACCUUCAUCAGUUUCAAUGCCUUUCCCCUCUUCGGCCUCCACUACCACAGAUGUUUCAACCAGCCCAGCCCCCCAGGGGAGCACUUCCUCAACGGCUACCCCGCACACAGUGGCCACCAACACAGGGACAGAGGGCAGCACUGCUGAAGGACCCUUGGUUGUGGCCAGUACUUUGGAGACAUGGACCAAGCCAGUCAGGACAUCUUUAUCAUCCAGUGUGGAUACCAGAAUGACAGAGCAGAUUCACUUAGGAACAGAGACGAGGGCUUCUCAACUUCCUCCACACUCAACACAGCUGACAAGGACUGAUGGCGUCGUGGAGCGUAUUACAAAGAUACCCAAUGAAGCAGCCCAUGGAGGUGUCACAGGACCAGUCCAUGUACAUGUGGCACCCACAUCAUCUGCCAGUCCUACAGGACUACCAACAGACUGGAUGGAGAGAGCAGAGACCACAGCUCUGAAGACCACCUCUACAGCAACUCUGACCACUACUGUCUCUACCCCCGCUUCAGGAACAUGGACUCUCCUCAGGACAUCAGGCAAGGUGACCAGCACAAGCACAAGAGGAACGAUCAUUUCAACCCCAGAUAUUUCUUCUGAUGUUCUACAGAUGACUGCCUCAUUGGCCACCACCAUACCUGGAGCAGAGACCAGCACAGAAGUUCCCAGGACAACCCUGUCUGUUUUCAAUAGAGGCUCACAGACUACACCCUCACUGGUCCCUAGUUCUGAUGCAGAGAAUGGUCCAGCUUCUCCAACUCUGGCUGUUUCCCUUGGUGAGCCAGAGACCACAACCUCACGAGCCUUUCAUUCUGCAGAGACCAGCUUGACUGGUUCCAGGGCAACCUUGAGUGUUUCCCACAGCGAAUCAGACAGCACACCCCCAACAGCUACUGGUUCUGGGGAAAAAGUCAGUUUAGCAGUUCCAACUCUGACUGUCUUUCCUGGUGUACCAGAAAUGGUGACCUCACUGGUAAAUAGUCCUGGGGCAGAGAUGAGCACAGUUAUUUCAACUCUGACUGACUCCCAAAAUGAACCAGAGACCAACACCUCAUGGGUCACCCAACCUGGGGCACUGAGUGGUUCAUCUAUUCCAGUUCUAAGUGUCCUUCCUGGUGAGCCAGGGCUGGUGACCUCAAUGGAUACUAAUUCUGGAGCAGAGACCAGCCCAACUGAUCAAACUGCAACUACUUCCCCUGGUGAGCCAAAUGCAGCAGCCUCAUCGGUUACCCAUCCUGGGGCACAGACCAGUUCAGCCAUUCCAACUCCAGCCAUUUCCCCUGGUGUAUCAGGGGUGGGAAUCUCACCAGUUACCAGUUCUGGAGCAGAGACCAAUACAACUUUUACAACUCUGACUGAUUCUCCACAUGAACCAGAGACAACAGCCUCAUGGGUCACCCCUCCUGGGACAGAAGCCAUUUCCACUGUUGCAACUUCAACUGUUUCCCCUGGUGAGCCAGAUGCAACAGCCUUGUGGGUUCAUUCCACAGAGAAUAGCACACCUGUUUCCAGAAUAACUCCAAAUUUUUCCCAAAGUGAAUUAGACACCAUACUCUCAAUGGCCACCACUCCUAGGGUAGAAGCCAGUUCAGCCAUUCCAACAGUGACUGUCUCAUCUGGUGUGCCAGCUACAGUGACCUCCCAGACCACUAGUUCUGGGACAGACACCAGUACAACCUCUUCUACUCUGACUGAAUCCCUGUAUGGAUCAGACACAACAGUCUCCUUGGUCACCCAUCCUGCAGUGUCCAACCCAACAGUUCCCAGGACAACCCCCAGUGCUUCCCAUAGUGAAUCAUAUAGCAAACCCUCAACAGCCACCAGCCUUGAGACAGAAGCCAGUUCAGCUGUUCCAACUACACCUAUCUCCCCUGACGUACCAGAUAUGGUGACCUCACAGGCCACUAGCUCUGGGACAGAUGCCAGUAUGGUUAUUUCAACUCUGACUCUUUCUCCUGGAGAACCAGCGAACACAGUCUCAUGGGUUAAUCAUCCUGGAGCACAGACCAGUUCUUCCAUCCCAACUCUGACUGUCUCCCCUGGUGUAUCAGGAGUGGGGACCUCACUGGUCACUAAUUCUGAGGCAGAGACCAGUACGAUUUUUCCAACUCUGACUGAUUACCCACAUGAAUCAGAGACAGGCUUACGGGUUACCCAUUCCUCAGAGACCAGCACACCUGUUUCCAGAAUAACUCCAAAUUUCUCCCAUAGUGAAUCAGGUACCACACUCUCAACAGCCACCACUCCCAGGGCAGAAGUCAGUUCAUUUUCAGCUACAACUAUCUCACCAGGCAUACCAGGGUUGGUGACCUUAGUGGUUACCAGUUCUGGGGUAGAGACGAGUACAACUUUUUCAACUCUGGCUGAUUCUCUGCAUGAACUGGAGGCCACAGCCUCAUGGGUCACCUUUUCAGAGAAAGAAGCCAGUUCAGCUAUUCCAACUCUGCCUACUUCUUACCCUGAGGAGCCAGAUACAGCAGUCUCAUUGGUCACCCAUCCUGCAGAGACCAGCUCAACUAUUCCCAAGGCAACACCCAAUUUUUCUUACAGUGAAUCAGAUACCGUACAUUCAAUAGCUACCAGUUCUGGGGCACAGACAAGUUCAGCCAUUCCAACUCUGACCAUCUCCCCUGGUGUACCAGAGGUAGAAAUCUCACUGGCCACAAGUUCUGGGCCAGAGACAAGUACAACUUUUACAACUCUGACUCUUUCUCCAGGUCAAAUGGAGACCACAGGCUCAUGGGUCACCCAUUCUGAGACAGAGUUCAGUUCAGCUGUUACAACUCUGCCUGCUUCCCCUGGGGAGCCAGAUACAGUAGUCUCAUUGGUCACCCAUCCUGCAGAGACCAGCCCAACAGUUUCCAGGACAACUCCCAAUGUUUCCCAUAGUGAAUUGUAUACCACAUACACAAUGGCCACCAGCCAUGGGGCAGAAGCCAGUUCAGCUGUUCCAACUCCAACUGUCCCCCCUGGUGUACCAGAUAUGGUGACCUCACAGGUCACUAUUUCUGAGAAAGAUGCCAGUACAGUCAUUCCCACUCUCAAUCUUUCUCCUGGUGAGCCAGGGACCACAGCCUCAACAAUCAUUUAUUCUGAGAUCCAGACCAGCUCAGCCAUUCCAGCUCCACCUGUUUCCUCUACUGUGCCAGAGCUGGUGACCUCACUGGUCACCAGUUCUGGGGUGGAAGCCAGUACAAUGUUUACAACUCUGACUGAUUCCCCACAAAAGGCAGAGAUGACAGCCUCAUGGGUCACCCAUUCUGGGACAGAAACCAGUUCAGCUGUUCCAACUCUGACUAUUUCUCCUAAGGAGACAAAUACAACAGUCUCAUCAGUCACUCAUUCUGAAGAAACUAGCCCAACUGUCCCCAAAACAACUCCAGUUUUUUCCAAAGGUGAACCAGACACCACACAGUCAAUAGCCACCAGCCGUGGGGAAGAAACCAGUUCAGUGGUUCCAACUCCAACUGUCUCUCUUGGUGCACCAGAUAUGGUGACCUCUCACGUUCCUACUUCUGAGACAGAUGCCAAUAUGACUAUUCCAAGUCUGACUCUUUCUCCUGGUGAACCAGCAACCACAGGCUUAUUGGUCACCCACCCCAGUGCAAAGACAAGUACACAUUUUCCUGGUUCAACUGCUUUUCCUCAUUUACCAGAGACCAUAGCCUCACUCUCUGUCCAACCUGAGCUGGAGAUGAGUACAGCUCCUCCAGUUCGGACUGUUUCCCUCGGUCUGCCAGAGACAACAUCCUUCACCACAUCCAUGACGGAGACCAGCAGAGUUGAUCUGGGUCCAACAGUCUCACCUGGUGUUCCUGUAGAAACAGCCUCACUCUCCACCCAUCUUGGCACAGAUAUCACAACUAUUUCAACGUCAACUCUUUCCCCUGUGUUAUUGAAGACCACAGGCUUAUUGGCCACCAGCGCUGCAUCAGAGGCCAGCACAGGUGGCCCAACUUUGACUGCUGGUGUUCUUGGGCCUGUCAGUACCCCUGAAACCACUGGUGAGUCUCGUACCUUAACUUCCUGGAGCACAGAACCCUCACCACCUGUGACUUCAAUUGAACUCCUGGAAUUGUCCAAGACUGUGACAGGGGACACUGUGACCUUGAUAGCAUCAGAGACCCCAACACCACCUAAAACCAGUCACAGAGACGGAUCGAGUCCAACUGCUAUCCUGAAAACCACAACUCCUGAGACCACUAAUUUAGCUGCCACAGGCUCAGACCCCAUCAUGGCGGAGACCGCAGCCACCUUCAAUACAUCUGUGGCAAGUCCCUUUGUCCCUGAGACCUCAGCUGGGAUGUCCACCUUGACCUCUCUGAGUGUGACUUCAGAAACAACUGCAGCCCCUUUCUUGAUGCCUUUUACUGUCAACUUCACAAUCACCAGCCUGCACUACACCGAGGACAUGGGGAACUCAGGCUCUGAGAUAUUCAAUGCCACUGAGAGACACCUGCAGCACCUGCUCAGGACUCUGUUCGAAAACAGCAGUAUUGGUUCCCUCUAUGAUGGCUGCAGGCUGACCUUGUUCAGGGCUGAGAAGGAUGGGACAAGCACCAGGAUAGAUGCAGUCUGUACCUACCGCCCAGAUCCCACCGGCUUCAGGCUGGACAGACAGCGGCUCUACCAGGAGCUAAGCCAGCAGACCCAUGGCAUCACUCAGCUGGGCCCCUACACCCUGGACAGGAACAGUCUCUGUGUCAACGGUUAUAACCAUCAGUACUGGACCCCCACCACCAGCACUCUGGUGACCUCCACAUUUUCUCCAGGACCGUCGAUAUCUCUGCCCCCCACCCCCAGCUCUACAGUUGUGGGCCCAGCCCUGGUGCCAUUCACCCUCAACUUCACCAUCACCAACCUGCUCUGCACCCCAGACAUGAGGCACCCAGGCUCCAUGAAGUUCAACUCCACUGAGAGGGCCCUGAAUCGCCUGCUUGGUCCCUUGUUCAAGAACACCAGUAUUGGCCCACGGUACUCUGGCUGCAGACUGACCUUGCUCAGGACUGAGAAGGGUGGAACAGCAACAGGAGUGGACGUGAUCUGCACUUAUCAUCCUGACUCCAUGGGCCCUGGGCUGAACAGAGAAGAAUUGUACCAGGAGCUGAGUCAGCUGACCCACGGUGUCACCUGGCUGGGCACCUACACCCUGGACAGAGACAGUCUCUAUGUCAAUGGUUAUAACCACCGGUACUGGAACCCUACCACCAGCACUCCAGUGACUUCUACAUUCUCUCCAGAAUCUUCCACAUCUCAGCCCCCCAUCCUCAGCUCUACAGGUGUGAGCCUGUCUCUGGUGCCCUUCACCCUCAACUUCACCAUCACCAACCUGCGCUACACAGAGGGCAUGGGGCCCCCAGGAUCUGAGCUAUUCAACUCUGUAGAGAGGAUCUUGAAUCGUCUGCUCAAACCCUUGUUCCAGAACAGCAGCAUUGGGCCCCUCUACUAUGGCUGCAGAUUGACCUUGCUCAGGCCUGAGAAAAAGGGAACAGCCACUGGAGUUGAUGCUGUCUGUACUCACCAUCCUGACCCCAUGGGUCCUAAGCUAGACAGAGAGAAGCUGUACUGGGAGCUGAGCCAUCAGACCCAUGGUGUCACCCAGCUGGGCUCCUUCACCCUGGACAAGAACAGCCUCUAUGUCAAUGGUUACACCCACUGGACCUCAGCCCCCACACCCAGUGCUCCUGUGACCCCUGUGCACUUCCCAGGGACCUCGAUGGUGCCAGCCCACUUCUCCAGCUCCACAGCUGCUGGUCCUGCCCCAGUGCCCUUCACCCUGAACUUUACCAUCAUCAACCUGCACUACACGAAGGACAUGCAGCCGAGCUCGGCAAAGUUUAACUCCACAGAGUCAGCUCUACAACACCUGCUCAAGCCCUUGUUUGCCAACAGCAGCAUUGGUCCGCUCUACAUUGGCUGCAGGGUGACCACACUAAGGCCUGAAAGGGGUGGAGCAGCCACUGGAGUUGACGCUGUCUGCACCUACCGACCUGGCCCUUCGGGUCUCCAGCUGGACAGGGAGCGCCUCUACUGGGAACUGAGCCGCCAGACCCAUGGUGUCACCCAGCUCGGUUCCUACAUCCUGGACAGGGACCGUCUCUAUGUCAACGGUUACACCAGAUCACCACUGACCCCCAUCCCCAGUGUUCCUGUGAUUUCCACACCCUCAGGAACCUCAGUAGCUCCAAUCUCCUUCUCCAGCUCUACAGUCUCCGGCCCUGACCUGGUUCCAUUCACCCUCAACUUCACCAUCACCAACCUGCGCUACACAGAGAGCAUGCAGUUUAUGGGUUCAGCCAAGUUCAACGAAAUAGAGAAGGUCUUGCAGAGCCUGCUCAGACCCUUAUUCAAGAACACCAGUGUCGGCCCCCUCUACUCUGGCUGCAGACUGACCUCGCUCAGGCCCGAGAAGGCUGGAGCAGCCACCAGGGUGAACACAAUCUGCUCCUGCCGUCCCGACCCUGCGGGCCGCGGGCUGGAUAGAGAGAAGCUGUACUGGGAGCUGAGCCGGCUGACCCGUGGUAUCACCUGGCUGGGCCCCUACACCCUGGAGCAGGACAGUCUCUGUGUCAGUGGCUACACCCACCAGACACCAGUAACCGCCCCCAGUGCCACGGGACAUCCCCUUGUGCCUUUCACCCUCAACUUCACUAUCACCAACCUACCCUACGCUGAGGACAUGCAGCCUCCUGGAUCCUUGAAAUUUAACACCACGGAGAGGUCCCUGCAGCGCCAGCUCGGACCCUUGUUCCAGAACACCAGUGUGGGCCCCCUGUACUCAGGCUGCAGACUGACCUUGCUCAGGCCCGAGGAGGAUGGGGCAGCCACUGGAGUGGAUGCCGUCUGCACCCACCGCCCUGACCCCACGGGCCCUGGGCUGGACGGAGAGAGGUUGUACCAGGAGCUGAGCCAGCUGACCCAUGGUGUCACCAGGCUGGGUCCCUACAGCCUGGAUCCCAACAGUGUCUACAUCAAUGGUUUCACCCUCCAGACGCAGGCCACCACCCCCAGCAGUCACACCCAACCGGCUUCAGCCACCACCCCCAACACCACUGGCCCCGCUCUGGUGUCCUUCACCCUGAACUUCACCAUCACCAACCUGCACUACACUGAGGACAUGGGGCACCCCAGUUCCUUGAAGUUCAACUCCACCAAGAGGAUCCUCCAGCACCAGCUCAAGCUCCUGCUCAGUAAGACCAGUGUCGGCCCCCUCUACGCUGGCUGCAGACUUGCCUCGCUCAGGCUUGAGAAGGGUGGCGCAGCGACUGGAGUGGACAUCAUCUGCACCGUCCACUCUGACCCUGCGGGCCCCGGGCUGGACAGAGAGCGGCUAUACUGGGAGCUGAGCCGUGAGACCCAUGGCAUCACCCGGCUGGGGCCCUUCACUCUGGACAGGGACAGCCUCUGUGUCAACGGUUACACCUAUGGAGCCACAGCCCCAACUACCACUGCUGGGGAGGCCCGUGAGGAGCUGUUCACACUGAACUUCACCAUCGACAAUCUGCGCUACUCAGCGGACAUGGGCCGCCCCGGCUCCCUCAAGUUCAACAUCACAGAUACCCUCAUGCAGCACCUGCUGGGCCCAUUGUUCCAGAAGAGCAGUCUGGGUACCCGAUAUACAGGCUGCAAGGUCACCUCACUAAGGUCUGUGAAGAAUGGUGCAAAGACGAGGGUGAACAUCCUCUGCACCUACCGGCAGCACCCCAGCAGCCCGGGUCUACUUGCGAAACAGGUGUUCCAUGAACUGAGCAGGCAGACCCGUGGCAUCACCCGGCUGGGCCCCUAUUCACUGGACAAGGACAGCCUCUACCUCAAUGGUUAUAACGAGCGUGGUCCAGAUGAGCCUCCCACAACUCCUGAGGCAGCCACCACAUUCCUGCCUAGUUCAUCAUCACCUGUGCAACCAGAAGCCACCACAGCUUUGGGACACAACCUGAAGACCUUCACACUGAACUUGACCAUCUCCAACCUCCAGUAUUCAACAGACAUGAGCCACAGCUCAGCUACAUUCAGCUCCACCAAGAGGACCCUGCAGCACCUGCUUGGAUCCUUGUUCCAGAAGAGCAGCCUGGGCCCCUUCUAUUCAGGUUGCAGAUUAAUCUCCCUCAGGCCUGAGAAGGAUGGGGUAGCCACUCAUGUUAACGCCAUCUGCACCUAUCACCAUGACCCCAUGGGCUACAGGCUGGACCGAGAACAGCUUUACUGGGAGCUAAGCCAGCUGACCCAUGGUGUCACCCAGAUGGGCAUCUAUACCCUGGUCAGGGACAGCCUCUUCGUCAAUGGCUACGCUCCCCAGAAUUUAUCUAUUCAGAAUGAGUAUCAGCUGAAUUUCCUCAUCCUCAACUGGAACCUCAGCAACUCAGACCCUGCAUCCUUGGAGUACACAACCCUGCUGAGAGACAUCCAGGACAAGGUCACCAAACUCUACAGAGGCAGCCAGCUACAAGACAUUUUCCGCUCCUGCCUGGUCACCAACUUGACAAGUGGAGUCAACAGCUCAUCUACCAACAGACAGACCAACAAGCAGUCCCACCUCUCAGCACUUCCAGCUGAAUUUCACUGUCACCAACCUACUCUAUUCCCAAGACUUAUCCCAGCCCAACACCACCAAACACCAGCGGAACAAGAGAAGUAUCGAGAAUGCGCUCAACCAGCUCUUCCGAAACAGCAGCAUGAAGAGUUAUUUCUCUGACUGUCAAGUUUUAGCAUUCAGGUCUGUCCCCGACAGCAACCACACUGGGGUGGACUCCAUCUGUAACUUUUCACCAUUGGCUCGGAGACUGGACAGAAUUGCCGUCUAUGAGGAGUUCUUGAGGCUGACCCAAAAUGGUACCCAGCUGCAGAAUUUUA